AUGACGCUGCUGACGCUCCUAACACCAACAAUAACCCUAGAGGACCUCCAGUCCUGGGUCGCUGAGCUCUACAGCUGCGCUCAAAUAUUCACUCCCAUCGCCGGAUUGCUCGCCAUCCUGCUACCCAUUUUGAGAACCUUUGCAUGCUACCACCGCUUUACCGACGCUGUGUCUGGCCUUGUUGAGGUUGCCUGGCAACAGGUUGCCUGGUUCCUGACAUCAUGGUCAUCAUCUUCAUCAUCGUCAGGCACGUUUGCUUCUUCUGCUGCCACAGUGUGCCUCGACAGCCCCGACCCUAGUGCACUUUACGUGUCUGGUCUCGUGAACACAGGCAAUUCGUGUUUUCUGAAUUCGUGUCUACAGGCCUUGUCCUCGCUGCCAUGUUUACACACCUAUUUGAAUGACCACCCUGUUGCUGAUCAGGGACCUGUCACCGGAUCUUUGUUGAAGACGAUCCGACAGCUCUCGAAACCGCUAAAGCGUCAUGCGUCGUUUCGUCCCAGAGACAUAGUGGCGUCGCUACUAUCAAAACAUGUCAUCAUCAACCGCGAGCAGCAGGAUGCGCAGGAGUUGUUUCAGCUCAUAGUAGGCGCCUUGGAUGCCGAGGCAGCUGGCAGAAUUGCAGCAAUGAUGCUUGGCGGGCUCAAGUUUCUCACGCAAUUCAAAACACAACAACAGUUCAUGCUUCAGAACACCACCACACCCUUUACUGGCCUUUUGGCAAGUCGUCUGUCAUGCAUGUGCGGAUAUACCUAUACAACCACACUGGAUGCAUGUCUACGCCAGUUCACAGCAAUUGAAUACCUCAACGACGCAGCCUGUCGCAAAUGCUCCUUGACCAAUACUCUGCGCACGCUCAAGGAACAGUCGGCUCUGAAACCGAACAGCAAGAAAAAGAACAAGAAAACCAAGAUGCUGCUUGACGAAAUCGAGUCCCGACUCAAAGCGAACCGUAUUGAGGAUGAAAUCGCCGGCGUCGAGCGCACCGUGAGCCCGCUCUCCACCAAACAAGUCAUGUUUGCCAAACCACCCAAGAUUCUGUGUCUUCAUCUCUCGCGCUCGGCCUUUCAUGCUUCUGGCGCAGUCUAUAAGAACGCAUGCCAGAUAUUGUUUCCAGAGUAUCUAGAUUUAGCACAUUACACGACCACUGGAACUCUCUGUACUCAGCCCAAUGUGCCUAUAUCGUCCCCAGCCGACGAAGAAGAGAAUGGCAUCACGUCGUCGUCCAACACACAGUACCGUCUGAUGAGUACGAUUGUGCAUUAUGGCAGCCACAGCUAUGGUCAUUUUGUUGCUUUUAAGCGUCGCAUCCUUGCCCGACAGUGCCGGUGUCCCAAUUGUUGCGAUGACAAAGAAGGACACGAGUCGUGGGAAGGCAGCAGCGAUGAUGCGUGGUAUCGCAUAUCGGAUUCCAAAGUCGAUCUCUGUACAUUCGACGUUGUGCAGCAAGCUAAUCCGUAUAUGCUGCUGUAUGAGUUGAUGGAGCACGGCUCUCAAGAAAAGGGUCAAGGAGUAGAAGAAGAUGAGUCGGACGAGGACAAGGAUAAUAUCGAUGACCUGAUGGUAGCUGCCACGACCAGCACAGCGGCAUCUGCAAGCAGUAAUAAUGCCGACAGUCCGACGGAUAUCAAGAAGAUGCCGUAUACCUCCUACUGCUCCUCUCAGGAUGCAGAGGAAGCACUGAGAAUAGCCAACUCUCUCUUGAUGGACGAUCGCAACGACAACCAUGAUACCGCCUCUCGCUGGUCCGAAGGCGCACCGCUGAUCUCGAUUCCGUGA